AUAUAAUUCAUUCUAACGAAACAAUCUAUUAUUAUUAUUAUUAUUAUUAUUUAUUUAUUUAUUUAUUUAUUAAAAAAAAAUGUCCAUGGAUAUUGUGGAUUUAAAACCUUCUUUAUUAGAGGAUUUAAAGAAACUUUACAAGAAUCUUGAGAAAGAUAAUAACAAUGAUUAUAAUGUUACAAUUAAAGUUGAACAAAAAAGUUUUAGAGCUCAUUCAGUAAUAUUAAAACUUAGAUCUGGAUAUUUUCGUAAUCUAAUAAAUAAUGAGAUUAGAAGAAUGGCGAAUAUGUUUAAUAGAAGAAUUACUUUAGAAAUUUCUGAUAUAAAUUCAGAAGUAUUCGCAUCAUGUUUAAAAUAUAUUUAUACUGGGGAAUUUUCAUUACAAGAAGAUAAUGAUUUUUUAUUUGAUUUAUUCAUCGCGGCCGAAACAUUAAAACUUAUUGAUAUGGUCGAUUAUCUUCAAAAUUAUUUUAUUCAAAAUAAAACUAAAUGGAUCGAAAUUAAUUUAAUUCGAGUUUAUCAAGUUUCUUUAAAUAGUAUAAGUUUCAAUGAAUUACAAGUUCAUUGUAAACAAAUUAUUGACCGAGAUCCUAAAUUUAUAUUUCUUUCAGAUUCAUUUCCUACUUUAAAACGUUCAAUUUUAUUGGAUUUAAUUAAACGUAAUGAUGAAUUUCUUACUGAAAUUAAAAUAUGGCGUCAUUUAACCAAUUGGGUACAUGAACAAGAACCUCCUAUUAAUAGAGACACUCAAAAUUGGAGUCCAUCUAAUAUAAUCGAUUUUGAAGAACGAAUAAGAGAUUUUAUUCCACAUAUUAGAUUUUUUACAAUAUCUUCAGAUAAUUAUUAUAGUUGUGUUCGUCCUUAUAAAGAUAUAUUACCACAGAAAUUGGUGGAACAGUUAGAAAAAUUUUAUCUUGUGAAAGAGGCUACUCCACCUCCUAAUGCGCUUCCACCUCGUACACCUCGUAGACUGAGAAGAAACAUUUCAACUUAUUCUACGCGGUCACCUACCGAACCUACUACUCCUACUGAACCGAGAUUACAACUCCAAGUCGUAUUCUAGCAAAGGUUCCUAUAGUUGUUAAUCGACCUAGUAUUCGUAUAAAACCCAUUUCUAGUAUAAUUAAUAUCCGGCAAAUGAAACGUAUAUCACAUUGGAUUGAUAGAGUUGAAUCAGGAGAUAUUAAUAGUGAUUUCUUUUUAUUAGCGAAGGGAACCUGGGAUAGUAUGACAAAAAUAAAAUUUCAUAAUUUAUGUGAUAAUAAAGGUCCAACUCUAAUUUUAGCAAGAAUUGAUAAUACAAAUGAUAUUAUUGGUGGAUAUAAUCCACAUUCUUGGACUAGUUCAAAUGAAUGGAUUGGAUCAACUGAAAGUUUUAUAUUUUCAUUCAAAUCUGAAAGUAGGGAAGGAAUUGAUGAUAUUAAUUUUAGUAGAAUAAACAAUCACAAUCCGAAUGCUGCAAUUUUUGACGGUGAUAGUAAUUUUGAUGUGACAUUUGGUUCAGAUUUAUCAUUA